UGAAGUGAGAAAGUGAAACCUCAAAAGACCUGAGAAGCCCUCUUCCCUUUUUGAAAGCUGCUUCUCAGCAGAAUUUGGAAAGCCCCAGACCCAGUUCACCCAAUUCAUCUGACAAACAGGGCAGCGAAGUGACAGAAACUUCUGGGCCUGUCCACGGCUCCCUAGGUUAGGAGAAGCCAUGGAAAAGUUUAAGACAGUGCUGGACCUGCACCUCAAGUACAGUAGCGCUCUGGGUUAUGGCCUGGUGACACUGUUGACGGCAAGCGGGGAGCGCAUCUUCUCCACUGUGGUGUUCCAGUGCCCCUGCAGCGCCACCUGGAACCUGCCCUACGGCUUGGUCUUCCUGUUGGUGCCAGCGCUUGUGCUCUUCCUCCUGGGCUAUAUGUUGAGCUCUCGCACGUGGCGCCUACUGACCGGCUGCUGCGCGCCCGGCGCCCGUGUGAGGUGCAGCUCUGGGCUGCGGGGCGUGCAGGUGUUCGCGCAGAUCAGCGUGGCUGCAGCGCUCGCACCCCUCACCUGGGUGGCCGUGGCGCUGCUUGGGGGCUCAUUCUAUGAAUGCGCAGCCAGCGGGAGCAAAGUCUUGGAGCAGUACCUGUGCAGAAACCGCACAGGCUGCACCGACCAGCUACCGCUGGUUCCCUGCAGCAAGGACCAGAAGUCCGACCUCCAAGACCUCCUGAAGGAACUCAAGGCUCAGUCGCAGGUGCUGGGCUGGAUCAUCAUAGCAGCUGUUAUUAUCGUCGUUGUGAUAUUUACAUCUGUCUGCCGAUGCCUGUCUCCAGUUAGUUUUCUGCAGCUGAAAUUUUGGAAAAUUUAUUUGGAGAAUGAGCAGGAGAUCUUUAAAAGUCAAGCCAAGGAGCAUGCCACUGAAUUGGCAAAAGAAAAUAUUAAAUGUUUCUUUGAGUGCUCACAUCCAAAAGAAUACAACACCCCAAGUAUUAAAGACUGGCAGCAAAUUUCAACACUGUAUACUUUCAAUCCAAAGGACCAGUACUACAGCAUGUUGCACAAAUAUGUUAACAGAAAGGAGAGUGACAGUAUCAAAUCUUCUGAAGGAGAUGUAAUGCUUCCUGUUCUUGGCUUUGUAGAUUCUUCUGGUAUAAAUAGCUCUCCUGGGUUGUGACCUUAUAAAUGAAUAGAUAAAAAGUUCUUUUGAAAUAUUGAAUUAUUUGCUUCAUAAAAAACCAUUGAUAUUAUUUAUGGCUGUUUUCUCCCCUUUUAAAUUGUAGGAUUUUAGAUCUGAAUUGAAAUAUUAAUCUCUUUAUUAUAUUAAUUACUAAACAAACAACUGAGAAAAAAUGAUUCACCCAAAAUGAUGAACAGAGACUACAUUAGAAGUCUUAUAUCCCUAUUCUAGGGUUCUUUUCAAAUAAAACACUUUGGUCUUUUAAAAGCAAUAGUUAUUGCUUUCAGUAGUGAGAAAAAUGAAACAGUUCAGCUUCAGACCUUUCUGUUAAGUUAUCUGAUGUUAGUUGAAAAUUCACUUCCUUGCCAAUAGCAGCUUAUUAGGAACCUAAAAAUUGUGACAUUCUAACCUGCUUGUACCAUUGUGGAGAACAGUGACCUGGGUCAUGGUUUUUGACUGUCUCAGAGCUGUGGCUGUGCUUUGCUCUGGGAACUUUCUGUGCAAAGGUGCAGGACAAGAUUGCUCAGUUGCUAUAUGAUGCCUUGCCUGAGGAAGUUCUGUGCAAAGGCAUGGAAUUAUAUCAGUCUUGACUUUGAGCUCAGACACCAGCUGACAGGGAUAGAGAAUUCUGAGCAUAACAAGAUAAUUACAAUUGCUUUUAAGCCCUGUGAACUUCAAGCCUGCCUGCUUUGCAGAAACUUUCCUACAGAAAACCUUUUGAUGAUAAAACUUAUAUAAUAAACGUGCUGCGCUAGGUCUGGGUCACUGUUCCUCCAUCAGAGGUCGGUGUCCCACCUGGUCCCAGCUUUCUCUUUGUAAA